AUGGUGAGGAGCGUGAACGAAAAAGACAUAAGAAACAUAAGGACCGCAAGAAGGACCGUUCGCCCGAUGAAUGGUGGCAUUCGAGAUAAACUGCUUUCCGAGUGCUGCAACGGCGAGCAUUUACUGUUAGGUAAUACAACGCAAAAUUUAUUUGUUAUAGUGGAGGAGGUGCCAGUGGAUUCACACUUGAAGGACAAUGGUGUGCGCUCACGCAGCCGCAGCAGCAGCGUCAGCACAGGGCGCCGGGAUCAGCGCGAGGCCCACCAGUCGCGGGAACGCAAGACACGUGAAGAAGAGAAUGGCCGAGAUAAAAGCCAAGAAUCUGAACGUGAACCAUCACCAGUGGCAGCGACCAGUUCAGCACAGGAGAGCCUUUCUAUCCAGGAGACCAACAAAUUAAGAGCCAAGCUUGGCUUGAAGCCACUAGAAGUAGCUGAAAAGCCUGCGGAGGAUGGUAAGAUCAAAGACGACCUGGGCGAGUUCUACCACAAGCCCGCCGCCAAUUUGUCCCGGCAGCGCGCCGCCGACAAGCUGCGCGAGCGCCUCGCCGAGCGCCGCGAGAAGCGCCACAUCGAGAACAAACUCCAAACAACACUAUUAGCAGAAGCAUCGGACGACGACGACGCGAGCGCGUGGGUGAAGAAAUCUCGAGACAUCGAAAAACAGAAACAGGAGGCCGCCAAAAGAGCGGCGGCACUGGACGAGCUGGACGCGGAGUUCGGCGUGGGCGCGCUGCUGGCGGAGGAGGCGCGCGGGGAGCGCCAGCGCGCCUACGCGCCGGCGCAGCUGCGCGGCAUGCGCGUGGCGCACGACCUGCAGGCGCUGCCCGACGAGCACACCACGGUGCUGACGCUGGCCGACAAGGAGGUGCUGGCGGAGGACGGCGAGGACGUGCUCGUCAACGUCAACAUCGUGGACGACGAGAAGUAUAAGAAGAACAUCUCGGAGCGCAAGAAGGCGCGCGCGGGCUACCAGGCGUACGACGAGGAGGCGGAGGCGGCGGCGGCGCUGGGGCUGCCGCGCGCCGUCCUGGCGCACUACGACGACGCGCCCGCGCCCGCCGGCUUCCGCAUCGGCGACGACGCCGCGCACGCCGCCGCCUUGCAGGACGCCAAGCGCGCGCAGCUGGCGGCGAUCACGCCCGGCAAGCGCCUGGAGUCGUUGCAGCGCGCCGAGCUGCGGCUGGCGCGCGACUACCUGGACGAGCAGGAGAUGACACAGUUCAAGAAGGUCAAGCGCAAGGGGAAAAUUAGGAAGAAGCCAAAACAAGAGCCGAUAGAUGUGGAGGAACACGAGGCUGGCAAUGCUCCGCUAGACACAGAUGAUACAGAGGUGAAGCCAGAGCAGCUGUGGGCGACACCGGCGCAGGAUGACGAGGAGACGGAGCUGGACUCGGAGCUGCAGGAGGCAUUGGCCCGCGCGCGCCGGCUGCGGGCGCCGCGCGCCGCCUCGCCUGCCGCACCCAAGGUGGAAGAGAUCCUGCAGCACCUGAAGCAGGAGGAGACGGAGGAGGCGGGGGAGGCGGGCGCUGUCAUGGUGCUGGACGCCACGGCCGAGUUCUGCCGCACGUUGGGCGACAUCCCCACCUACGGGCUGGCCGGCAACCGCGACCACCAGGCCGAGAUCAUGGACUUCGAUCGCGAGGAGGCGGAGCCGGAGCCCGAGACGGAGCCGGCGGCGGGCGCGUGGAGCCGCGUGGACGUGGACAGCGAGCAGCCGGCCGACCUCGGCGCGGGCGCGACCGCGGGGCUGGAGGCGGAGCCGGCGCUAGGCGCGGGCGUGGCGGGCGCGCUGCGGCUGGCGCUGAGCAAGGGCUACCUGGAGCGCGCCGGCGCCGCGCCCGCGCCGCGCGCGCCUCGCGCCGCGCCCGCGCUCGCCGCGCACUACUCCAUUGAGGACAAGAGCUACGCCGACGACGAGCGGCCUGCGCGCCGCGAGCGCGUCAGCAACGCGCCGCUCUCCGACUUCCGCGAGAAGCCCGGCUUCCGGCCCGCCAUCAAGUUAGAGUACGUGGACGACGACGGCCGCGCGCUCUGCCCCAAGGAGGCCUUCCGCUACCUCUCGCACAAAUUCCACGGCAAGGGACCCGGCAAGAACAAGCAGGAGAAGCGCAUCAAGAAGGCCGUGCAGGAGGGGCUCAUGAAGAAGAUGAGCUCCACCGACACGCCGCUGGGCACGCUCUCCAUGCUGCAGCAGAAGCAGCGCGAGACGCAGUCGCCCUACGUCGUGCUCAGCGGCGCCAAGAAGGAUUCCAACAAU